AUGUUAGUCUCUUGGAACGUUAGGCAGCUAAAUAACAGUGAUAAUUUGAGAGAGAUUAGCUCCCAUCUCUCUAACCUUAACCCUGAUAUUUGUAUCCUUCUUGAAACUCGAGUUAAAAGCUCUAGGGUUAGCUUAGCAAGGAAUAAGUUGAAGCAGCAUGAUAGGUAUCUUGAUAACUACUCUCAUCAUCCUAAUGGCAGAAUUUGGGUGAGUUGGAGGUCUUGCAACAUUGAGAUUUGUCUGGACAGAGUUGGGGAUUUCAACAAUGUCAUUAGAAGAAAAGAUCGUAUUGGUGGGAGAAUGGUGGAUGAUUAUGAAUUCCAUGACCUGCAAAGUAUGAUGGAUAUAUGCAACUUUGCUAAAAUGGAGAAUCAAGGUUACUACAACACUUGGCAUAAUAAGCAUGAGAAGGAUCCUAUAUACUUUAGAAUAGACAGAAUUCUAGGGAACUCAACCUGGUUUCUGAAUUUGGAGUUACAGUUGACACACUUACCUCCUAGUGUUUCUGAUUAUGAGGUGGUUGCUACAAAUUGGUCUGAGCCUAUAAGUGGCAGUCCCCCUUUUAUCUUGUGGGAGAAACUAAAGAGACUAAGACGUGCCAUCAGGAAAUUGAGCAAGCCCCUCACUGAUGUUCAGAGAAACAUCUUGUCUGCUAAAGAGGGUCUGGAUCAAAUUCAACAUAAUCUUUCUAGGGACCUUAUGAAUCCAUAUCUCAUUCAUAAGGUCAAAGAGAAAACUAUGGAGAUUAUAAGAUGGCAGGAGAGUGAGGAAAAAGUCUUGCAGCACAAAGCUAAGGUCGAGUGGAUUAAGCCAGGUGAUGGUAAUAAUCAUUACUUUCAUGCUUCUCUAAAAGCAAAGACUAACUCCAAGAGACUGAAGAAGGUUUGCAUGGAGGAUGGCACUAAAGUUACUGACAAACAGGGGAUUGAGGACAUGGUUCUAAAUUUUAUGAGCUCUAGCCUUGAUGGGUAUAGUCCUGAAUUCUUCAAGAGUUGUUGGAAAAUUAUGAAAGAGGAUCUGAUAUGUACUAUUAGAUACUGGUUCAGGACUAAUACAAUGUUCAAGGGGUUCAACAACAAUCUUGUAACCCUUACCCCAAAGUUCCCUGAAGCUAAGAAACUUAAAGACUAUAGGCCUAUUUCCCGCUGCUCUAUAGUCUACAAGAUCUACUCUAAGAUUCUUACAUCUAGAAUUACCAAAGAGUUCUCCAACUCUACUGGAUUGGUAGUGAACCCAGCCAAAUGCUUUGUCUACAUGGGUGAUGUGGAUGAUAGCACAAGAGAGCAAAUUUUGCACACUAUUGGAUUUAGAGUGGGUCAGUUGCCCUUCAGAUACUUAGGUCUUCCUCUCUCAAGCAAGAAGUUGUCUAUCAAUUACUAUCUUCCUCUUAUUGACAAAAUUCUUAGUAGAAUUCACAACUGGAGCUCUAAGUUACUGAGCCUUUCUGGGAGGGUUCAACUUGUGAAGGCUGUGAGUUUUGUUAUAACCAAUUAUUGGCUUAAAUGCUUCCUUAUCCCCAAGAAUGUUAUUAAAAGAAUUAACUCUGCUUGUAGAACCUUUGUGUGGAUAAGUGGUAGUGCUCCAAGUAGAAAGAGACCUAUUUAUUGGAAGGAUGUGUGUAAGCCAAAAGUCAAAGGUGGUUUGAACAUCCUUGAUUUUGAUUGUUGA